AUGUAAUGUAACCUAAUGAUACAUUUAAUUAAUUACACCAAAAGACGACAAGAAAAAACGUAGUGAUCUUUUCAAUCAUUUUCUUGGAAGUAGUGUUUCAUUUGUGAACGAAUCUUUAGUUUGAACAAGACUCGCUUAAUUCGGAACGUGUUACUCUUUAAUAGUUCUGCCUUAUAAAGUUUUAUAUUUAAGAAAUAGUAAUGCUAGUGUGCUUUUUAAACUAUUAUUUAUGCUUAAUAUUGUCUUUUUGCUAUAGCUGGUGAAUGAGAUGGCGGGAAAUAUGAGCUUAGUUGACAUUUGUGGGAAAACUUGAUUUGUAAAUGUGGAAAUUUAGUAAAAAAAAAAAAAAGGCUUGAGUGAAUGACCCACUCAUAGUAGUAGCCUUCUCAAAGAGUCAGUGAAUGAACCGUUUUUGGUGAACUGAUUCAAAAGAUUCGAGACACUUGUAUGAGUCUCCACCACUACCUGGAAGUAAUCGAGGUAGCCAUGUGGACUCUUGUCGACAGAGGGCGCUGUUUGUCGCUCUCCACUGGCACACGGAAGUAGCCGAUGGGGGUGCUGAAAGUGCUGGUAAUUUUAUCCUCUUUGAUGAGGGUUAACAUCGCACUGCAUCGUUCCUUGCCGUUUUUACGGGAUCAUGACCAUUUUUAACAAUGGAAUCGCGACCCCUCGUUUGAGCUCAGACGACAUAUGAUUGAACCAUUUCCCAUUUGAAUAACCCCGCUUCGGAGAGAAAAAAAAUAAAAAAUGGAUCAGGAGUUUGAGAACAUCGAUUCAUCUGGACAGUGGCAAAACCUUUAUAAUGAAAUCCGUAACCAGUCUCAGGAGUGUCCCUACAAAGUGGCAAAGUUCCCAGAAAAUCGCAAUAGGAAUAGAUAUAGAGACGUCAGUCCCUAUGAUCACAGUCGGGUGAGAUUAGAAAAUUCAGAGAAUGACUACAUAAAUGCGAGCCUAAUCACCAUUGAGGAGGCCCAGAGAAGGUACAUAUUGACACAGGGCCCACUGAGGAACACUUGUGGUCACUUCUGGCAAAUGAUUUGGGAACAGCGUUGCAAAGCAGUUAUUAUGCUUAACAGAGUUAUAGAAAAAGGCUCGGAGAAGUGUGCGCAGUACUGGCCAUCAGAGGAGGAGCGAGACAUGGAUUUCAGUGACACUGGGUUUGUAGUGACUCUGGUGUCUGAGGAUGUCAAACCGAAUUACACAAUCAGACUAUUAGAACUCAAAAAUGGCAAGAUGGGAGAAACCAGAGAGAUCUACCAUUUUAAUUACACAACGUGGCCUGAUUUUGGCGUGCCAGAGUCCCCAGCAUCAUUCCUCAACUUCCUCUUCAAGGUUCGAGAAUCUGGCUCUUUGGGGCCAGAGAAUGGACCUGCGGUGGUCCACUGCAGUGCAGGAAUAGGGAGAUCUGGGACUUUCUCAUUGGUUGACACCUGCCUUGUAUUGAUGGACAAGAGGAAAGACCCUUCGUCUGUGGACAUUCAAAAGGUUUUGUUAGACAUGAGAGAGUAUCGAAUGGGCCUUAUCCAAACCCCAGAUCAGCUUCGAUUUUCAUAUAUGGCAGUCAUGGAGGGAGCAAAGAGCAUCCUGGAAGACUCGGCUCUACAGGUGUCAAGCAUGAAGCAGCCUGAAGAAUGGCAGGAGCAAGAAGCUUAUUUGUUUUCAUCUUCUCAGAGCUCCAUCCUGAAUUCAGAGAAAAUCAACGGACAGUCUGACUCUUGUACAGAGCCACAUGAUCCAGGAAGAGAACAAGACAGCAUACAUUCAGAAAAGGAAGAGCAUACAGAGUUAAAAACAUUAAGCCUACGCAAGCGGAACCGCGAGGAACGGAUAGCCAGCACAGCACAGAAGGUGCAGCAAAUGAAGCUGAAACUAAGCGAUUCGGAGAAGAAGAAAGAGAAGUGGCUUUUCUGGAAACCAAUUCUCCUAAACGUCGGCGCUGGUGCAGCUUUAGCGCUGGGACUGUGCAUGUGCUGGGCCUUUCUGUCCCAGUAAUGCCGUUUUAUCCCACAGAUUCCUCUUCUUGUCUUUUAUUUGCCCAGGGACCCAAAUUAUGGUACUCCUAUUAGUAGGUGCUUGAAUGUUUCUAGAUAAGGGACACAAAAUGUAGAAUGAUCGUGUUUACAAGCAUUCAUACCCGGAUGUUCUUCAUGAUUUAUUGAAUGUUUGUGUCAUGUGGUUAUUACAGUGUAACGAAUGAUGUAGUUACAUUGUAACUACUAUCGUAAUUCCAUCAUGGUAAGUUCUCGCGGCCUAACGACUUUCACUGUACAGUAUUUUGUCUGAGUUUAUAUGCGGAGCAAUGUUAAAUAGACCCUCACCGGUCCGUCUGAGUCAGUUUAUUAAAUGCGUCUGUUUGCUAAAUUUCCGCAUGGAUAUUCAUAGGGUGACUCAUUUGUUUCAGUAGGUCAAAGCCCAGUGAGUUUCCGUACAUGCACAUCUCAGGAUCUUCUAGUAAUAAACUGACUGUAGAUUCAGCCAAAUGUAAUAAGUGGUCUGGUUUCCACUUUCAAAAAUGUACAUAGUAAACUCUUUACUAAAGAAGAAAUAUUGCUGUUUUUGAUUGCAUUAUUUGUUUGUCUCUGGCAUCUACUGUGCAUAUGCUUUUCUGGUUUCUCAAGCUGAUUUGCAUCCAUAAAACGAUAUCUCUCAUUUCAUCGACGCACGUGGGGUAAACCUGAUGUAUGAGUGCAAGGUUGUGACAGAUUGCAUAUUUACAGAUGGCUACAUCAGUGCAGUGUCAGGUCUGUUAGGUUUAAUUUUUAGACAAUGGAUGCUAAACUAACCCUAGCGAUUUAUUUUUGUCUCCACGGAUCAUAGUUUGUUUCCAGUCGCCGUUACCUCACACUGUAGGAUUUCAUUGUGGGUUUAAUGCCAAUUACUUAGCAGAAUCAAUGGGAGUCAAAUUAGAUGUCUCUUCCUGCCAUGGUUCCAGGAAUUGAUCCAAUAUUUCCAGAAGUGGCUAAUGGUGGAGUGGUAAUUUCAUUCCAUCUAGACAAGUGACCAACCGGGAAAGAACAAUCCUUUUUCCUCUCAGCAGUCUGUUGUCACAAGUACGGGAAAAAGCUGUGUUUAAGGGAUGACCUUUUAGGAGCUAAUAACAUUUUAUAUGAUAUGAGUUAUGAGAAAGCUGUUCCCAAUAUGCUUUGCAAAUGUAAGUGACAUCUGGUUUACUGAUACACUAUAAAGCUCUGAAAAUAUUUUUAAUUGUAUUAAAUAAAUAAAAAAAAUGUGUUUCAGUAAUAAGUCAAAUACAGAACGAAAAGUACAGUGGAUUAUUUA